GGCGUGGUGACGUCAUAUCCGCGCCCCGGAAGCGCAAGCUCGUCGCUGGUUAAACCUAAAUCUUCUUGUGUAUGUUGCUGAAGUCAGGGAGGGUCAACUUUGUUUUUCCAUCCAUCCCAAAAUAUACGCGGUGACAUUUGUUUACACAUAGGUAAACGUAAUCGAAGGUCGUAUUUUAUCCGAAAUGGACUCCUCUGAGCACGGCCCCUCAGUGUCAUCUACAGGUGUAGCCAGUGGAGGGAAUCUACCACCAGGCCUGACAGAAGAGGAGGCAGAAGAGAUGCAGGUGGAGCUCACCAAGGUGGACGAUGAGAUUCAGACACUGAGACAGGUUCUCGUAGCGAAGGAGAGGCAUGCCGCUGAGCUCAAGCGUCGGCUUGGCAUCAGUCCCAUCUCUGAAAUCAAACAGAACCUCACCAAAGGCUGGCAUGAAGUUCAGUGCUCCAAUGCCUAUAUGAGAACCUCACAAACUCUUGGAGACUUGAAUCGUAGAGUUACCACAUCUAAUGUAUACCUUACAGCUUCUGCCACGCUUGAAGAAAUUGGGCGCUCUGAUGCCUAUAAGAGGACUCAGGAGACUCUGUCUCAGGCAGGUCAGAUGACAUCAGCUGCAUUCUCCUCAAUGGGCUCCGCCAUCAGAAACCAAUUUGGAGAGAUGAGGGCUCUGCCGUACUCUAACUCUGGUAGCAACUUUUCCAUGCGUCACUCUUUAAGUAUGCCAGCUAUGAGAAACUCGCCAAGCUUUAAAACCUUUGAGGACAAAGUGGAAAAUAUGAAGUACAAAGUAAUGGGGCAAUCAAAUGAAGAGACCGACCGUUCACACACCAGCAACAACGCACCCUUCUGAGCAGGAAGCACAGCCUCGUGACCAAGAACUGACUUCUGUGAUUUCUCUAUAAUGCUGUACCCAAAUACACUCCAGUCUCUCCACUGCUAUGUUAACUUUAAAUGAAUGUACAGACAGAAAACAAUGCUUUAAGAAACUAAGAUGCCAACAUGCAAAGAGAUAAUUAUUGCUUUAACAACUGAAGACUGUCACCCUUGCAAAUGCAUUGUAGCCAAAGAAAACCUCUUAAAUUAGAAUGUUAAAAACUGGAUAACCCUUUUUGGGAAUGUUAGGUUUCCUUCUGUGCAUCAAAUUACCUUUACAUGUAUUGUGAUAUUUAAUUUUUUCAAACAACAGGGCUUCUCUGACACUUCAGUAGUAGUAAAUGGUCUGUUACGAUCAGCAUGAAGAGGUGAAAUGUUUGCACAAUUCACUUAGAAUGUCCUAAAACCUGUCAGGCUUCCUCAGCCUGCUUUAUGGCCACUGUUUAUUAUCUUUACAUGCUUCCUACAAUGAAUAUUGCACUGGUUAUUACCCUGCUUGUUACUCAGGGCAAAAGGUGCUAAAGCUUUCCUUGUGACAUGACUUGAGCCCCAGAUGUGUAUCAUCUCUGAAGAUGUGAACUAAAUUAUUCACAUGUAUUUUAUUGUCUUGUAUGUUUUGAGUUUCCCCCAGUUUUCCAUGUUAUAAUAAAACAUAUACUACUGUUUCUUCUUGUUACCUUUAAAAAGUUUAGAAUGAGUUUAAUUAGUUUAAUUAUUCUUUUGGCACAUAAUGAAUAUCUUUGUAGUUUUUCUUUGUCUCAGUAAAUAAGAAAGACUUUUGUCUGGAUAUUUUCCCCUUGGUUACCUAUAUGUUACAUUGCAGUGUCUGGCAUAGAUUGAGCAUUUUCCCUUUUUUCCCCCCAGAGUACAGUAGAGUAAUAAUGACCAUAAAGGAAUUUGGUGAAAAGAUGGUGUAUUACUAAUCAGAUUCAAGAGUAAUAUUUCUAAGAAAGAUUAAAUCUAAUGAUUGUAAUAUUUAAUCAAAUAAUGUGGUGGGCAAAAGGUCAAUUUCACUGUACGGUGAUGGAAAAUACGUUUUUAAUAAAUUUUUUGGUCAGUUUAUUAUUUUUCUUUUGAUUCUUUGUGCUGAUGGGGACUACUGUCCAUACAAUGGUCUGGAAGAGAAUGUUACGAUACUGACCUAACUACUGUAUACAUGUUUGAUGCUUUGUGGCUGUAACGUACUACACCGAUCAGGGUUCAUUAAAGGCAAAGAAAUUAA